UAUUUGUAUAAACUCGACCAUAAUAUAGGGAAUUAAUCUGGAGCAAAGAGGGUUAACCAUCUGGCAUCAUUGGGAAAUAGGUACAGUUUCAUCAAGUGUACUUGCUACAUUGGAUAAGAUGGAACAAUGAGAUAGUGGGAAGUGGAUAAAGUGGAUAAAGAUAAAAGAUGUCUAAUGGAAGUCUUCAAGAUCAACACCAUCGGAUACCGGAAGUAGAUGAAGAUGACGAGACAGCAGAUCCAGCAGAAGAAUCACACGAUCUCCCGCCAAAACAAGAUAAACGGCGAGCUGGUAGUAAGAGCUCUGAUAAACACAAAAGGAAAUGCCCGCUGAAUUUUGGCGUCAAGUCUUAUCUCCACAAUUUUUACGAGACACAUGCUUUCAAGGAUCCUCAAGUUUAUGAAGAAGAUGAUGAUGAUUUUCGAUAUCUUUUAAAUCAUAAUCCCCGUAGAAGAUGUCCACCAAUAUGGUGGAAGAUUUUCUUGUGGCUUGGGGUCAACCUCUUACUGUUUGGAGUAAUUGGAAUACUAGUCGGCUACUUAGUUCCUCCAAAGGAUCAUUUGGAAAAGGUUGAUGAAGAUAAUGCUAUAGCUUAUGUUGAUAGAAAUGCGGAGGCGUACAAUACGACAUUGGAUAUGUGUAAACUCAUUGGACUGAUAUUAUUUUGUGUUGGUGGAAUGACAUUGGCUCUAUCCUUACUCUUCCCAAGUUUCCUUAGUCAUUACUGUGAAGAAGAUCCGAGAGAUGAAGCUAUCAAAGUCCCUCUACGUGGUAACGAGAAACCCCCGCUUAGUCCUAUAGAGAUGAACAUCCCUGCAUGCUCAAAACUAAAGGGUGUUCAACCAGACAGGAAAAGUCCUCAGGCUCACAUGUCAAAGGCAGGUUCUAUACCAGUCAAAUGAAUAACACUCCCCAUUCUCUUACACAGCCAAUAAUUGUUCCAGAAGACAAGCUAUUUCCAUCUACGAGCGAAUCACCAAAAUACUAUUUUCAGCAUUGUAGUCAUAUAUAUACCAAUCACUAAGAAUGAUCACAUGUAGACCGUUAUCUCCAAUAUAUUUGUGUCCCAUCCAGACUACUCAUGCCAAAUAAAAUCACGAAUCGCUGGAAUUUCACAUAAAUGCAAUUUGAGAUAUAUUGUAAAGUAUUAAUUAAAGUAUUUCAAACUGAAUAAAAGCUAGAUUUGUUUCAUUUUAGGGCCUAAUUAAUAGCAAUAAUAGUGAAUGCAUGCACGCACUGAAGACAGUUGGGCUUUCACACCUAAGAUGCGACAUAUCUUUUGACGAUUUCUAGAAACGACAUGCCACUAAGUCUAGACCACAAUUUUGGUGGAUUCGUGAGCAAAAGGCGGCAUCUAUGAAGACUUGGAAGCAUUUAUGGAAAAUUUAAAAUUAAAAGAAAAAUUUACUUUCGCAAAUUACGAGAGUCAAUCGAAAGUCGAAAAAGAUUGUCUAGUAUGUACAAGCACAGAGCCUUGUUUCAACUUUCCGUAUCAUUUUUAAUGAAUUUCGUUUAACUAACAUCACCCAGAUCAAGAG